GGGGAAAGAUGGCGCCCACACACGUACUGAGAUGCUGUCAACGGGGCUUAGCAUGGAUACCUGUGAUUUUUAUCGCGCUCGUCGUCUGCUGGUCGUACUACGCUUACGUGGUGGAGCUUUGUAUAUUCACGAUCCCCAGCAUAGGAGAGCAGAUUGUCUACCUGAUCUUCUUCCACCUCUCAUUCGUCAUGUUUGUGUGGUCUUACUGGAAGACCAUCUUCACCAAGCCUGCUAACCCUUCCAAAGAGUUUUGCCUCCCCAAGGCUGAAAAGGAACGCUAUGAGAAGGAGGAGAGGCCAGAGUCCCAGCAAGAGAUCCUGUGGAGAGCUGCCAGCAGCCUCCCUCUGUACACCCGCACAGGCGCUGGCGCGAUCCGCUACUGUGACCGCUGUCAAGUUAUCAAGCCAGACAGAUGUCAUCACUGCUCAGCAUGUGACAUGUGUGUGCUAAAGAUGGAUCAUCACUGUCCCUGGGUGAACAACUGUGUGGGAUUCUCCAACUACAAGUUUUUCAUCCUCUUCCUGGCCUACUCGCUGGUGUACUGUUUGUUCAUUGCAGCCACCGUCCUGCAGUAUUUCAUUAAAUUCUGGACACUUUGCCGCAGGAAAUCGGCAGAAAACUGCCCAAAGAAUGAGCUGACAGACACGCCUGCCAAAUUCCACGUCUUGUUUCUUUUUUUUGUGGCCGCCAUGUUCUGCAUCAGUAUUUUGUCCCUCUUCAGCUACCACCUUUGGCUAGUAGGGAAGAACAGGUCGACAAUAGAGGCAUUCAGAGCACCAGUCUUUAGGACAGGCUCUGAUAAAAAUGGUUUCUCUCUGGGUUUCCGAAAGAAUAUUGCUCAGGUCUUUGGUGACCAGAAGAAGUACUGGCUGCUGCCCGUCUUCACAAGGUAAAAAAAAAAAGAGAGCGAGAAAAACUUUCACAGAGAGAGAGAGACAAACAUUAAAAGGAGUGUUGUGGUUUGCCGUACACACAAAAGAUUCCCGGGAGGAGACAAAACCCAAGCCUCUGAAGGUAACAAGCUAGUGUAUUCCUAGCGCAGAUCCCAAGCCCAGAUAAAUGAGUUGCAUCAGAAAGGGUAUCCAGUGUAAAGUGUGUGCUAAAUCAUGUGUACUUCCAUCUGCCAUGCCGAUCGCUUGAGAAAUAAGGGAAAUAUCCAGGAGUAUCUUUCAGACAGAGGAGAUCUAAAGCCCCUUUUCCAUUAGUACUUAAUCAGAUUGACUCACCACAGUGCGCCCCGAUUUUCAGAGUUUUCCAUUAGGUCAUAGUACCAGAUACUAAAAUAGUACCUGCUCAGCCGAGGUUCUAAACAAACAGCAGGUACUAAAAUGUGACGUUGUCAGACUGGAUGCCACCGAUUGGAUGGUCAAUGGCGUCAAAAGACGAGUCAUGAGAGUGUAUUGUUACCAAAACCUGAAACCGACAUUUUUGAAACCUGGCAAAGUUGUUGCCUUUGUGUUGCAUACUAAUUAAGUCACAGGACCCUCGGCCACGUUGCUAUGACAACAACCACAAACAUUUAGUGGUACUUGAUUGUAAUGGAAAAACCAGUCAGUCUGAGUCGUGGUGAGUCGAUCUGAGUAGGUACUAACGGAAAAGAUGCACAACAGAACCAGGAAGA